AUGGACUCCGAGAAUGUGUUCGACAUAUACAGUGCCCUCGAGGCUCCCGAAGCUCCCUUAAGCAAGAAGAAAAUGAGCAAGAGGCAUCCCGGGGAAAGCAGUAAAGGGCCCUCAGCCAAGAAAACCCAUACUGCAGACCCUCCGGCAGACGAACCUUCAACAAACGCAGCACCACCUCCUUCUCCUCUCGAGCAGCAAACUCCUCCUGCUCCUGUCGGGUCGACACCUUCUCCACCGGCCCCAACCGACCAGACUCAACAGGCUGCUCCUGCUUCCACAGGGGGCGACAUAUCGAGUCGUGCCUUAAGGUUGGUCAAAGAUAGGGUGACCAAGAUUUUGAAGCACGAACGGUGCCGAGAGGCGAUGGCUGGGAUGGAGACGAUGGACGUCGACCAAAUCUUAAAUCGCACAUUGAAUGAGUUUGCUAGUGCAAUGCUAACCCUUACUGCCGGCCAGCUUCACUUUGGUGCUAUCACCGAGCAGUCUAGGGCUGUCGAGCAACGGCAUGCUGAAGAACUUAAAGUUAUCGAAGCGAAAUAUGCUGAACAGCUUGAGGCAGUGCUUGAGGAGAAGAACAAACUGGCUGAGGAGUUAGGGAAGAAGCAGACUGCUCUGGAUAAGGCCAUCGAGCAAAGAGACCAGUUCAAGGAGUCUAAUCGCGUCAACUACCGCGAGGCUAAAAAGCUCGAGCAGGACUUGAUUGCGAGUAGACAAGAGACUACAACCUUGGAGGGCUGGAUCGAGAAGCUUGAAAAAGCCAAUGCCAACAAUUUGGAAAGGGUUUCUGCAAGGAGGAUGAAGACCUCCGUCUUUGAGCAGAAGAACUGGAAAAAGGACCUUGAUGUGAUAGACAACAAUACAUUCUUUGUUGUGUGGUAG